AUGGACCACUCUAUGCAUAUGACGACGACCGCAUCGGGGGCGAUGGCCUCGUCGACGUCGAUGUCUGACAUGAGCGACAUGGGUCAUGGCAGCAUCAUGUCGAUGGGAGAUAUGAUGAUGACCUUCUUCACCUCGACUUCAACGCCGCUGUACUCUGAAGGCUGGACCCCAAGGACAACAGGCCAGUAUGUCGGCACUUGUAUCUUCCUGAUCGUGCUCGCGGCCAUAUUUCGCGGUAUCAUUGCGUUACGAGCGAACUUCGCGGCCAUACUAGCACUGCAUGCGUACCGAAGGGACACGAGCAUACUUCGACGAGAGCGUGAUGACGACGUGAAGUUGGGCCUGUUGGCGACUGCGAAGAGGCCUUGGAACAUCAACGAGGCGUUGGCUCGUGCUGUGCUUGACACGGUCCUGGCGGGUGUUAGCUACCUUCUGAUGUUAGCAGUCAUGACGAUGAACGUGGGCUACUUCAUGUCGAUAUUAGGCGGAACGUUCUUGGGCAGCGUUGUGAUCGGGGAUUGGACAGCGACGACUGCGAUGCACUGCGAUGCACAUUAG